GGCCCGGGUCUGCCCGGCACUCCAAAGUCCCAUCCCGGAUCUCUUUACCGGUUUCCAAAUUUCCCAUUUCUGAUUUCUCCUCUAUGCUCCAGCUGUUCAAGCGUUUUGCAACCGUAGACAAGGAAGCUGUACUUUCCUUCUCCUCCUCGUCUCUCUCUUUCUCUCUCCAUUUCAUUCCGGAAAUCACCGGAAUCCUUGCUACUUCCUCGCCAGCAAUUGAUUGGGUAGUAGCUCCGCUUUCUCCUGCUGCGUUUGAUCUCGCGAAAUUUUUAAGGUUUUUGGUGGUUGUGGAUCUGGGAUAACAUCGUUGGAGUUAUUAGAAUUCGGGAUCAACAACGAGAGAUCUACUCAUUCCCGAUUGAUUUGUCAAAUUGCGUGCCUGGAGCCCUAAUUUUUCGAGGUUUGGUGAUUAUACUUUGAUAAUUUGGCGGCGUUUUAUGGUAAUUUAGAGGUUUUAAAUUGAAAUGAUGCUACCGAAAGCUGCGAGUGCGUCGGUUCGGGAUCGAACUCAUGAGUUUCAUAGCAUAGCAGAGCGGUUGAAGAAGUCCUUUUCGUCGGCGCAGAAUGGGGCAAGUAGUAGUGCAAGCAGCAGUAGAUUAGACCAGAGGUCCAUGGUCGCCAUGCAGUCUGAGUUCAAUAAAAAGGCGUCAAAAAUCGGGUUCGGUAUACACCAGACGUCGCAGAAGCUCUCUAAGCUUGCAAAAUUGGCAAAAAGAACCUCUGUUUUCGAUGACCCCACCACAGAGAUUCAAGAACUGACUGCAGUUAUUAAGCAAGAUAUCACUGCACUGAACUCCGCUGUAGUUGAUCUUCAGCUUGUAUCUAAUUCACGUAAUGAAAGUGGUAAUAGUGACACCACUACCCAUUCAACCACAGUUGUAGAUGACUUAAAGAACCGCUUGAUGAGUGCCACAAAGGAGUUUAAGGAUGUCCUAACCAUGCGCACAGAGAAUUUGAAAGUUCAUGAAAACAGAAGACAGCUGUUUUCUUCUACUGCUUCAAAGGAUUCCUCAAAUCCAUUUGUUCGCCAGCGUCCAUUAGCUGCCAAAUCUGCCGCUGGUACUUCUAGCCCUUCUCCUCCUCCAUGGGCUAAUGGGUCAAAAUCUUCUUCUCAGCUAUUCCCAAGCAGGAAACAAAAUGAUGGUGAAAGUCAACCCUUACUGCCGCAGCAACAGCAACAACAACAAAUGGUUCCCCUGCAAGACACCUACAUGCAAAGUAGAGCUGAAGCUCUUCAAAAUGUGGAGGCUACAAUACAUGAGCUUGGCAGUAUUUUUAAUCAACUGGCCACCUUGGUUUCUCAACAAGGAGAGAUAGCAAUCAGGAUUGAUGAGAAUAUGGAUGACACGCUGGCAAAUGUGGAAGGGGCACAAGGCGCUUUACUCAAGUAUCUCAACAGCAUCUCAUCUAAUAGGUGGCUGAUGAUUAAGAUAUUCUUUGUGUUGAUUUUCUUCCUCAUGAUUUUCCUUUUCUUUGUGGCAUAGUAAGAAUGGCAAAUAUAGUAAACGGCAAUAUAUUGAAACAAGAAAAUCAUGCAUUGUGAAGAUCCUCUUUUUUCUUUUUCUUUUUUUUUUUUAAUACCUUAAUCAUAAGAAUUUUGGUAUUUGCAUCAUGUAGCAGACAUUUUCUGUCAUAUAUGUUUCUUUGACUUGUGAAACAUAUUACUAUCAUCUUUUGGGCUUAUAUUUGAAACUGACCCUAAGGAGUAA